ACUUGGAGUUGAUAUCCGUUUCGUCAGGAGACACGCCAAGUUGAUCAAACUGGAUUUUGUUAAAGGACAAAUUUAGGCCGGAUUUUUUGGAUUUUACAGUACAUGUUACUGUAACGACUUGGAACGAAAAAGGACUCUUCUCUUUUUUUAAGUAAUGCAAGCAGUAGUGAUGGAGGAAUCUAACGCAAGUAACAUUGAGCAACAACCAAACGCUCUCAACAAUGGCCAGGAACUGGUGUCGUCCACCGAGCAGCCAUCGUCACCGACUCCGGUGGUCACGCCCACUAGUACCACCAGUGGUACCAGCAAUGCAACGAACGCAUUUAGCUAUGACGAUCUAUUCCCGGCCCUGCCGACGAAUUCGUCCGCUGGAGCGGCGCUAGGCCCCGCUGCGCCGGCAAUUGCGCGUGUGACCAGCUCGCAGAAAACUCAGGUUCUGCAUGUGCCCAUGGAAGAGCGCAAUUCAACGGAUUCAGAGAAAUUUGGUGAAGGCGAAUCGAAACGCAUUUGCCAGCAGAUCACGAAGGAUACGGGCGCCCAAAUUGAGAUUGUUAGUGGCAAGAACAAAUCGCUCACGUUCCUGAUCAAGGGCAAGCAGAGCGAGUUGCUUGAUGCGCGUCGCAAGAUUCUAAUAGCCUUCUCGAUGCAGGUCAGCCGCCAGGUGACCGUACCCCGCGAACACUAUCGCGUCAUUCUCGGCAAGCGUGGUGAGCGGCUGCGCGAACUGGAGCGCGUGACCGCGACACGCAUCAAUAUACCGAAUCAGGGCGAUGAAAGCGAUGUGAUCACCAUUGCAGGCACCAAGAAUGGUAUUGAGCGUGCCGAGCAAGAGAUUCGUCAGUUGUCCGCGGAGCAGUUUAAGAAAUCGUCAGAUCGGACGACGGUGCCGAAGAUCUAUCAUCCGUUCAUUGUGGGCCCAUAUAAUGAGAAUUUGAACAAACUGCAGGAGGAGACGGGUGCCAAGAUCAAUGUGCCGCCGCAGCACGUGCAAAAGGAGGAUAUUAUUAUCUCUGGCGAGAAGGAUGCAGUUGCCGCCGCAAAAGCAAAAGUGGAAGCCAUCUACAAGGAGAUGGAGAAGAAAUGCUCGACAGUGAGCGUUGAGGUGGCCAAGCCACAGCAUCGCUAUGUCAUCGGUCCCAAGGGCUCCACCAUUGCUGAGAUUCUGCAGCUCACCGGUGUCUCCGUUGAGAUGCCGCCUAAUGAUUCCACCCUGGAGACAAUAACGCUACGCGGUCCCCAAGUUGCUUUGGGCAAUGCCCUCACCGUUGUCUACCAGAAGGCCAAUUCGGUCAAGUCGGUGGAGAUCAAUGCGCCGCAUUGGAUACACAAGUAUGUGAUAGGUCGCAAGGGUGCCAACAUGAAGCAGCUCGAGGAGGAUUGCCCCAACGUGAAUGUCAACUGUUUGGACAACAAGAUCAAGCUCGAGGGCGAUCCCGAGAAUGUGGACAGGGCUGUCUCCUAUUUGAACGACAUCAUUCGCAACUAUGAGGAGAAUUUCACAUACGAAGUGAUGGCGGUGAAUCCAUCGUAUUACAAGCAUAUUAUUGGCAAGGCGGGAGCCAAUGUGAAUCGUCUCAAGCAUGAGCUGAAUGUGAAAAUCAACAUUGAGGAGCGCGAGGGUGAGAACAAUAUACGGAUCGAGGGACCCAAGGAGGGUGUGCGACAGGCGCAGCUUGAAUUACAAGAAAAAAUCGAUAAACUGGAAAAUGAAAAGUCAAAGGAUGUGAUCAUCGAUCGUCGCCUGCAUCGCUCCAUCAUUGGCGCCAAGGGCGAGAAGAUACGCGAGGUGAAGGAUCGUUACCGUCAGGUGACCAUCACGAUACCGACGCCCAAGGAGAACACUGAUAUUGUGAAACUGCGCGGCCCCAAGGAAGAUGUGGACAAGUGCCAUAAGGACCUACUGAAGCUUGUCAAGGAAAUCCAGGAGUCAUCGCACAUCAUCGAAGUGCCAAUUUUCAAGCAAUUCCACAAGUUUGUCAUCGGCAAGGGCGGCGCCAACAUCAAAAAGAUACGCGACGAGACCCAAACGAAGAUCGAUCUACCCGCCGAGGGCGAUACGAACGAAGUGAUUGUCAUCACUGGCAAAAAGGAGAACGUCCUGGAGGCCAAGGAACGCAUUCAAAAGAUCCAGAACGAACUCUCCGACAUUGUUACCGAAGAGGUGCAAAUUUCGCCCAAAUACUACAACUCCAUCAUUGGCACCGGCGGCAAACUCAUCUCUGCCAUCAUGGAGGAGUGCGGCGGCGUCACCAUCAAGUUCCCCAACAGUGAUUCCAAGAGCGAUAAGGUCACCAUUCGCGGUCCCAAGGAUGAUGUGGAGAAGGCCAAGGCGCAGCUGCUGGAGCUGGCCAACGAGCGUCAGCAGGCCUCGUUCAGCGUUGAGGUGCGCGCCAAGCAGCAGCAUCACAAAUUCCUUAUUGGAAAGAAUGGUGCCUCCAUACGCAAGAUACGCGAUGCGACGGGCGCCCGCAUUAUCUUCCCCUCGAAUGAAGAUAGCGACAAGGAGGCCAUCAUCAUUAUUGGCAAGGAGGAGAACGUCAAUAAGGCCAAAGAACAGCUGGAGGCGAUCAUUAAGGAGUGCGACGAGGUCACCGAGGGCGUGGUCAUCGUCGAUCCCAAGCACCACAAGCACUUUGUGGCCAAGCGUGCCACCAUUUUGCAUCGCAUCUCGGAGGAGUGCGGCGGCGUGAUAAUUUCCUUCCCGCGUUCCGGCACCAACUCGGCCACGGUGACCAUCAAGGGCGCCAAGGAGUGCAUUGAGGCGGCCAAGCAGCGCAUCGAGGAGACCGUCGAAGAUCUGGAGGCGCAAACAACCAUCGAGGUUGUUAUACCACAACGCCAGCAUCGCACCAUUAUGGGCGCUCGCGGUUUCAAGGUGCAACAGGUCACCUCCGAAUUCGAUGUGCAGAUUAAGUUCCCCGACCGUGAUGCCACCGAACCCAUUGAAAGUCUGACCAACGGUGUUAACGGCGAGGGCGAGGAAGGCGCCGACGGUGAGCCCAGCGCGGAGCAAGUGCGUCAUUGUGACGUUAUUCGCAUCACCGGACUCAUCGAGAAAUGCGAGGCGGCCAAGCAGGCGCUGAUUGAUCUGAUACCCAUCGAGGAAGAGCUGAAUGUUCCUUUCGAUCUGCAUCGCACCAUCAUUGGCCCACGUGGCGCGCGUGUGCGUCAGUUUAUGUCCACGCACGAUGUGCACGUCGAGCUGCCACCCAGCGACCUCAAGUCGGAUGUGAUUAAGGUCUCUGGCACGCCGGCACGCGUCGCUGAGGCCCGUGAGGCGCUCGAGAAGAUGAUUGAGGAGCAUGAGGCGGAUCGUGCUGAUCGCGAGCUGCGCUCUUUUGUCCUCCAGGUGGAGGUCGAUCCGGAAUAUCACUCCAAGCUGAUUGGUCGCCAGGGCGCUGUCAUUAAUAAGCUGCGUGCCGAUCAUGAUGUCAACAUCUCGCUGCCCAAGCGUGAUGAUCCUAAUCAGCACAUCAUUUCCAUUACCGGCUAUCAGGCCAAGGCUGAGUCCGCUCGCGAUGCCAUCAUGGAGAUUGUCGGUGAAUUGCGAACGCUGCAUCGCGAGGUCAUCGAGAUCGAUACACGCAUCCACUCGCACAUUAUUGGUCAUCGUGGACGCACCAUUCGCAAGAUCAUUGAAGACUACAAGGUGGACAUCAAGUUCCCGUCUUCCGAUGAAGGUCAAACCAAUGCAAAUGCUGUGACCAUCAUUGGCAAGGAGGAGGAUGUUGAGAAUGCCAAGGAGAUGCUCUUGAGCAUGGCUGAGGAUUACGAGCGUGAUUAUUUGGAGAACUUGCCGCCAUCGCCGCAACCACAAACUGUGGGCGCUUUCCUCACCGAUCGCGCUGGCGCCAGUUCCGGUGCCGGUGGUGGUGGUAGUGGUGCUGGUAGCAACAGUAAUGAGAAUGGUUUUAUCAUCAAGGAUGCACCGUGGGAGAAGAAGAAUCAGGGCAAGAAUCUAAUUGCGCCCAAUACCCAAUCGCAGGAGGAUUUCCCGGUCUUUGCUGCAGGUGGUGCUCCAGUUGCGGCCACGCCCAUCACCUCCGUGUGGGGGCCGAAGAACUAAGCAGUUGCUUCAGUACAACAACGGCAGCCGUGCAGAGUGCGACGGGAAUUUGGGUAACGGAACGAAACGGGGCGGACGGACGGACGGGGUGGGCGUUGAGCAGCAACGGCAGGCGUGCUCGGGGCGGACUCCUUAGUCGAAAACUAGUGUCAAAAAUGGUACAGGUUGUCUCUCUUUCUCUCUUUCUCACCUCACUCAUUCACUCCUAGGAGCUUUUCUACAAUGCAAUUCAAAAACAAACAAAAUUAUGCAAAAACAACAA